AUGUCGUCGUGUUGGACUGCAAGAUUGCCAUCGUCCUCUCUUUCUUUGUCGUCUCUUUUUGUCAACGAGUUCUUGGAUUCUGAAAACGCAGCUCUUGAUGACCAGUCUCUUUCUUUUUUAAAGUCUUUUUUGAUACAGGCCGGUGGUCUGAGAGACUCUCGAGAAGUGGUUGUGAUUUUACCGAAAUUGCUGAAACAUGCUUUGGGUGUCUCGUUAGGUAACCCCGGUGUUUUCGAACCAAACUUUUGGAUGAAAAGCGGAGGCUCUGCCAAUUUCUCAAACGCCGUUGAGCUUUUGCAGCCAGAUGGAGAUCUUUUCCAGAUUCUUUUGUCCCAUGAACUUUUCUCUGGCGGCGGCUGUUCACUGAUCCCAAGAAUAAUUCAAGGACGAAAGGUAUUGCUUUCGCCUGCAGAGUAUUUUUUACUAGCCCUGCUGUUGCGAUCGAAAAAAGAGUCGCACAGUUCGUUCUUUUAUCUCUUUGAGACCUUUUUGUACUACUUGUUUCCCGUGUAUGCCAUCGAUGAGACGCCUUCGGUGUCAAAUGCAGGCUUGGCGUCAAAGUCCAUUUUGCGGUCUAUUUUCUGCUCCAACAUGGAGACCAAAAACCUGGUCGCAAUGCGACUGGCAGAAUCCUUUGUCUCCCUGUUUACGGUCGUUUUCCUUGACUCGUUUUACGUCCCUCAAAGCCGCGCCAAUUUCGAUCUUGUGCGAAGUGCAGUCCUUCAUAUCUCUAUUAUUGGGAUUUCCGCGCGUUCCCAGCCAUUUUUGAGAUAUUUUUUAUCCUCCAAUGUUGCCUCUGAAGACAUCGAGGACUGUGAACUGCUAAUUCUGAUAACAGACUUGUGGCUGGCUUAUACCCAGCCCGAUCGUGUCCGGCAAAAAUGGCUUUCCGGCCCCAAAGCAGAGCCCGUUGGUGCAAAGUUUCUUUCCUCGCUCAAAGAAUUCCACGAAGCUAAAAUUGACAUCGGAAUGUCGCGUCUAGAAGUCCCGGAUUUCGUUUUGGGGUUUCUUGCCAAAUUGAAAUUCUCCCUAUCCCUGCUAAGGUCGAGCCAGUCCAUUUCACCUGCACAUUCAAAUUCGGGCACUUUGAUCGCAAAAAUUUCCUCCUAUUUUAUUCGAAAGGAAGAGAUCGAUUGCUCAAUAUAUUCGCCUGUUAACGACAUAAGCUCUUUGGAAAACAUCCAGAACCUGCUUGUAUCCAUAUUUGAGAUGAAAAUCGAUGUGCUUGCAGCUUCUCUUAACCAGGAAGUCAACCGGACAAAGUACAUUUCUGCACCAUCGGUUUGGCUAACCCAUCCGGAAGAUCCGUCUACCGUGUCUCGGCAUACCAUCUUGAGCGUCAGGGAAAGACAAAUGCUUCGAGUCGGAGAGAAAAAGUGCACAAAUAUUGACAUUUCUGUGGAGCCUGCGCGCAAUAUAAUCUAUCCAGGCGAAUGUGCCGUUUUAGUUUGCAUUUUUGACACAAUUUCUCACUACUUGAACGAGCUUUUGCAUGUGGAGCUUUGCCAUUGGCUAGAAUUAAACUUAGAUUCCCACACCCUCAAAGGUCGUCUUUCAUUGUCUAUCAGCGCCAUUAUAAGGUCAUAUGUUCCUUUGAUCAGCUUGCGGUUUUUUGCCUCCUAUGGAAACAUUAUUUUAAUUCUGGUGCUCUAUUGGAUCGGGUCCAAUGUCCAGAGAAUACAAGAUGUCACCCUGUUCUAUCUAGAUGCUAUCCAAGCAAAUCCAAUUUAUGCUCAAAACACGAGAAAACGAUCGAGUGGGAUCUUGUUGACGGUCGAAGCUGUAGGACAGAUGCCCACUGCCAUAGAGACUCCUAUUGCAGAGACGGAGAGUGUGCUCCAUUGCCCAUUCUUUUUGAAAGCUGCCGUGAUAGUGGCGGAAAAUGCAAGCGGCCCUUUAUCUGCAGCACCAAGGACAAAACUUGCCGAAUGCCCUGCUGGAACAAUUUUGAUUGUCAGCAAAAUUAUAAAUGGUGGAAAGAGGCGAAGGGUUGUGAAAAAGGAGGGAAACUUCUGGCCUCGCACGCGCGUGCCGAUGGCGGAAGGUGGACAAGGGUUUUAUUGUACCGAGGAGGGAGAACCCCAAGACCUCAUAAUAGAUCCAUCCGAGUCUAUGGGGUAUGACUGGUGUAAUCUUGAAGGAAAUUAUUGUGAUGCUGUUCCAGGAUCAACCAGCUUUACUCUCAUCUCAUUCGCAUUGAUACCACUAGCCUUGGUACUUGGCAUAUAUAUCUUUUGCAGGCUGAUUUGGAUCAGAUCCAACAACAAUGAUCACUCCACACCAGAAGAUGCCAACUAUCCCGAAGACGAUCAAACGGUAGAUUAUGAGGAAAAGGAGCCAAGCAAAUAA